UUCUAAAUCUCAAAUUUGCACAUUUUGAACCUUGUGAAUUGUGAUGAACGCUCUCUCUCAGCCGCUGCAUCUCAAAAUUAGCGAGGCUAAAAUCGUCUCGCCGCUCCGCAGUUCAGUUUUCACCAAGCCAGAUUUCUUCACACCUAACACUGCACCAGCCAGCAGAAGUAUCUACAGCCGUUUUACUGGUGGCGCAACCGUACCGGAGCGGCGGAGAAUGAGCGGAGCAGCUAUGGCCACAUCGAACGUCGACGCUACCGACGAUCGCAUUGCUCGGAUCGCCUCCACUAUUAGGGUCAUACCUGAUUUCCCUAAACCUGGGAUUUUGUUUCAGGAUAUAACAACGUUGCUGCUUGAUCAUAAGGCGUUUAAGGAUACCAUCGAUUUGUUUGUUGAGAGAUAUAAAGAUAAAAAUAUUAAUGUUAUUGCGGGGGAGGUAAUAUCAGAAGAGUACUCUUUGGAGUAUGGAACUGACAUAAUGGAGAUGCAUGUUGGAGCUGUACAACCUGGCGAAAAUGCAGUUGUAGUAGAUGAUCUUAUUGCUACAGGGGGUACCUUAAAUGCUGCAAUAAGCUUGCUUGGACGUGUUGGGGUCACCGUGGUUGAGUGUGCUUGUGUCAUUGAAUUGAAGGAACUGAAGGUAUAUGUAAUUCCUCUCCAAGUUAAGGUGGCACAUUUUUUUUAUUCCUUUAGCAUUGUUAAGGUGCUUGCUAAUUAAAUAGAUUGGAACUUGUCCAUACUUCAGUAUACGUCUAAUUGCAGGAAAUAGAUCGUCCUACUCUGUAGAUACUAAGCCAUCUUAAUCACUGCUCAAUCGUUUUUCCAAGUUUGGAUGAUUUAGUUGGCGAGUUUCAUCUACAAAAUUGGACUAUCUUAUGCACUCAACAGUCAACAUGACUAGCCCUCGCAUUGCAACAUUUUUUUUACCAAACUAAGCUUAGGCAAAUUCACAAAGCAAGAUGGACACAAUUUGAAAGAUUCUAUUAUCGACCAAUAUGAAUAAAAAUAAGGACACACAGUUGGGCCUUACGAUUGUCUCUACCUUGCAAUGAAAUGAGCAAUCGUGGUCGAUGGCUUGCUUUAUAGGAGGUGCUCGGUUUUGUUGGCUGAUUGGUUUCUCCAUGCUUAAGGAAGGUAGAAAAGGUGCAUCCCUGAACUCGGCAGACAAUACUUAAGCGACUGAAAUAGAGUUAGUCUACAGACAACACACCUAGACUGACAGAAAAUCAAACUAAACUUGUUUACUUGCUCUCAACAUUGAACUCAAGUGGUUGGUUACCUUUUUUCCUGCUAUUUUACUUGCUUUCUAAA